AUGUAUAACAAUGCUGGCAAGUUCAUGGACCUGUAUGUGCAGCAGAAAUGCUCCGCCAGCAACCACAUCAUCAGUGCCAAGGACCACAGGUCCAUCCAGAUGAACACAGCCAAGAUUGACAAGGUGACAGGUAAGUUCAAUGGUGUGCAUCCCCUCAAUGGUCAGUUUGAAACCUUUGCUAUCUGUGGGGCCAUUUGCAGGAUGGGUGAGUCAGAUGACUCCAUCCUCUGACUGGCCAAGAUCCACAGCAUCAUUUCAAAGAAUUUCUGACUGGAGAGGAUGAAGGACGUGGGAUAUGUGUCAUAAAUAAGUAGCACCU